AUGCCUCCUCUCCACCAUCUCUCGCGCCGCCUCGUAGCCUCGAGCGCGUCUCCACUCGCUGUCCGCGCUCCGAUUGGCUGGCUGGCGGAUUCGCAGCCUGCCGCCGCCCGUCACAUCCAGACCGCCACCCGAUCACGACCGAAUUCCACUCACACGCCCGUCCACGACCGAGAUGCAGACAGCCACGUCUACGACAUCACCGACUUCAUCGGCACCCACCCGGGCGGCGAAAUCAUCCUCCGCGCCUGCGGCGGCAGCGUCGAUCCCUACUGGAAGAUCUUUUCCAUUCACCAGAAACAAGAGGUCUACGACAUCCUGCAGCAGUACCACAUUGGCGAGAUUGACGAGAGGGAUCUUGACGAUGCUGGGAAGCUGAAUUGGAACGUUCUCGGUGAUCAGGCGGAGAACUACAUCAUUGACGAUCCGUUCAAACAUGAUCCGGAACGCGAUGAGAACCUCAUCGUUCGCACGGCGAAGCCGUGUAACGCCGAGACGCCUGGCAACCUAUUGGUCGACUUCCUCACGCCGUUGCGCCUUUUCUUCGUCCGCAACCACCUGUGGGUUCCGCAGACGCACGAGUCGCCUCAGUCCUUGACCGUCGAGCUCUCCGACGGUGAGGAGAUGACGCUCAGCGUCGAGGACCUGAAAGCCAAGUUCAAGGAAUACACCAUCACUGCCACUCUGCAAUGCUCCGGCAACCGACGCGCGCACAUGAGCCAAGGCGCCGGGGGCAAAACCUCCGGCCUGCCCUGGGACAUUGGCGCCAUCGGCACCGCCGAGUUCUCCGGCGUGCGCCUCCGCGACGUCCUCCGCCACGCCGGCUGUGACGUCGACGACGACUGCCCAUCUCCAACCCAAUGCUGCUCCGACGAAGUCGACAAGCACGUCCACUUCAUGUCGCCCAGCGACACCUACGCCGUCUCCAUCCCUCUGCACACAGCGCUCAACCCGCAAGCCGACGUGCUCAUCGCAUGGGACAUGAACGGCGCGCCCCUCAACCGCGACCACGGCGGUCCGCUCCGCGUCAUCGUGCCCGGCACCACUGCCGCCCGUAGCGUCAAAUGGCUCGGCCGCAUCAGCAUCAGCACCGACGAAUCGGCCAGCCAAUACCAGCAGCGCGACUACAAGUGCUUCGGCCCGAACAUGAAGCAAGCGGACUGCACAGGCGACGACUGGGCGGCCGCGCAGGCAAUUCAAGAGACCCCCGUCCAGAGCGCAAUCACCAACAUCCUCCGCGCCAACGGCGACAACAAGACGACAGUCACAGGCUUCGCCUUCAGCGGUGGUGGGCGCCGGAUCGUGCGCGUCGACGUCUCUGCCGACGGCGGCAAGACGUGGAAGCAGGCUGAGUUGCAAGCGGACAAGGCCAAGGGCGCGCGCCGCUGGGCGUGGACGCUGUGGAAGAUUCAGUGGCCCAAGGAUGAGUUGCAGCCGGGGAAAGAGGUCGAGUUUGUUGUCAAGGCGUGCGACGAGUCGUACAAUACGCAGCCGCAGACCUUCGACUCGAUUUGGAAUUUCCGCGGGCUGCUGGCGAAUGCGUGGCAUCGGCAGACGAGGGCUUAUGAGGAUCUCUGA